UCGUCAUGGUAACGGAAAGCCUAAGAAUGGUAGGACACUCGGAGGCUGAAGAGAAGCUCGGCUCCUUCCUCCUUCCUGUUCAAGUCAAAGUCUGUUCUAAAACAGUCGGAGCAGUUGGAAACCACACGUAAGCUCUAGCCUGUGUGAGAAUAUUUAGAUUUAAUACUGCAACAAAAGACGAAGAGAAGGAACUCUUGAUUGCAAGUAGAAACGGACCACAUGGCUACUGUGAAAGAAACCACAGGAAUGAGAUGGAGCAUAGCUCAGCCGAGUGUGAGGGCAAAGAGCAGUUUGGUGUGUAUCAGACCGGGAACAUGGAAUCUGGUCCCAUCUUUUUGCGGGCCAAAGCACGGCUUUAAACAGGAUCAGCUCUGUCAUCCCUCCUUCAGGGAACUGCAGGCUAAGAUAAAAGCGGAAAACGAGAAGGAACAAGAAUUAUUUCAGCGUUUAUCGAAUCGAGACAAGGGGUUAAUGAAGGAGAUGGAGUCUUUCCUGACUCAGAGAAACAUACAAGAGCUCAGGAAGAAGGAGCUCAUACACAAGCGCUGGACUGAAAAUGUGUGGUUCCCCAUCCAGACGAGAGUGGAGAAACAUAUCGCCUCCUGCUACUUCAUGGACUCCAUGAGAUACCAGAUCAUGCACAGUCAUUACCUCCUACACUGUCAAUCUAAGAUAAGAACAUCAGGCUCAAGGGAGAUACGUCAAUUAAAUCUUCAAUUAAAGAAAAAAUUAAGAGAAAAGAGACGGACUACUCCUUGUCAAGCAGGAUCCAAUAAAACCUUGGGGCGACCUCGGACUGAUUGCUGUCAUACCAACUCUCUGAUGUCUCAGGCUAACUGGCUUCUUCAGACCUUAUAGUCUCAUCUGUUUCCUGCAUUCAUCGGUGCUCCAGAAUAGGAUGAAGUCAAGGAAAUCGAAGAAGCUGCCUGUUUUCUAAAUGUGAAUAUUUCCAACCAAGAGGUUUACCGCAUCUAAACUCACCCUUACCAGCGACUGCAUCCAAAUAAAACCUACGUAUGUUGCCAA